CGCAAGAGAAGAGACAGAUGGACGGAAAGGAGGAAGUGAAGACUUAAUUCAAGAAGGAAAAAUAACAAAAUUGUGCAGAAGAAAGAGAGAAGGGGAAACACCUCACUUUGUAACACGUGAGCUGUUUGUCAACUCCUUCCCUGACAGGGACCUGUUCUGCCAGAUGUUACUCUAAAGGGCAAAACGAGGACGUGAAGCAGAGAAGAGAGACAGAGGAGGGAGAGAAAAGCAGGAAACCUUGGCUGAGGUUAGGAAAAAAGCAGUUGUGUGGGAGAACAAAGGCGAAGAGACAAGAGACAGCGACCAAAAGGCAGGGGAGUGGAGGAGUGAGGCGCCCCGUUCCUUUCAGCAAAGUGAGGGGGGGGGUAAAAGAAGAAGAAGAAGAAGAGAGGAGUGAUAACAAGUCGGGGAAGGAGGGAGAAGAGUUGGCUGGACAUGGGGCUUUGUGCCGUUCUCCUCAUCUGUCUCUCCCAGGCUGAGCUGGGGAGAGUCUGGGCUCACGUACAUGAAGAUGCACUGAGUGGGACUCUUCUGCAGACGGAUGUGGAUCUGUCCAGUUCCCACAGAACCAGGAGGGACCAGCAGACCCCACACAAACACAGAGAAGCCCGCAACACCGGAGGAAGAGGACUUGAUGUCAGCACCCUGCCUGACAACAUGACCCACAUCGUGGACUCCCAGCAGUACUACACAUGGCAGAGUUUUGCUCCAACAAACAGACGGACGGAGGACAAGUGGGUAGACCUGAACACCCAGAGCCAAUUCCAGAUCCACUACAUACUGUCCAAUGCACACCAGAAGGCAGCGAGGGUGGCGCUUUCGUUUGAUUUCCCUUUUUAUGGACACACCUUGAGACAAAUUAUCAUCGCGACUGGUGGGUUCAUCUUCAUGGGUGACAUUACUCAUCGGAUGCUGACUGCCACACAGUACAUCGCUCCCCUCAUGGCCAACUUCAACCCCAGCUUCUCCCAAAACUCAACAGUGAGGUACUCGGACAACGGUAACCUGUUUGUGGUGCAGUGGGACAAAGUGCACCUGAAGGACCGAGAGGCUGAAGGACCUUUUACUUUCCAGGCGGUCCUCGGCAGAAAUGGAACCAUUGUUUUCAACUACAGAGAUGUCCCCAUACCAGUGGAGCAAAUUAAUUCCACCGAGCAUCCCGUGAAAGUGGGACUGUCUGAUGCUUUUCUGGCACGCCAACCCUCCUUAGAAGCGAAUCAACGUACCAUCUUUGAGUAUCACCGUGUUGAGAUUGACAUCACAAAGAUUGUUAGCAGAUCUUCUUUUGAGUUAACGCCUCUGCCGACUUGUCUUCAACACACUUCCUGUGAUCUCUGCCUAGCAUCCAACCUGACAACUAACUGUGGCUGGUGCAACACGCUUCAACGAUGUUCUGACGGUAUCGACCGGCAUAGACAAGACUGGUUAGAUUACAACUGUACUGAAGAGGCAAAAGGCACAUGUGAGGACUACAACCCCGUACUACCUGAGGGAUCUAUGAGCUCCUUCAACCUGUCCUCUCCAGGUCCAACGCCUUCUUCAGCAUGGACCAAAGACCAGCCCGUCACUACAGAGAUACAGACGAGUCCACCGAACCAGAACGGGAUACCGGCGAACAUGCCCAUCAUAGCCGGUGUAGUGGCUGCACUGGUUCUGCUCGUAGCGUUGACCUUACUGGCCGUCUACUACAUCAACACACACCCCACAGUCGCUCCACCGUUCUACUUCAUGCAGCGUCGCACCAACAACUACUGGCCCUCCAUGAAGUUCCACAACCAGGGCUGUCAGUCCAGUUACGCCGAGGUCGAGCUUGGGGGUCACGAAAAGGAAGGCUUCAUGGAGGCCGAGCAGUGCUCCUAAGACUCCUGGACUGGCAGGACUGGGAGAGAAGAAGAAAAGGACACCAUCUAGAGGACUGCACAGGCAUUACAAGUGGAGGAACAUGGAGGAUCAGGCUGACACUGGGUGUCUCUACUCCAACCUUGGCGGCUGGACAGUGUUUACUGUCACUGCUCUUGUAGCUCUUCCCAGCUUUCUCCUUGUCUUUUGCUCUUUGCCAUCACACAGGGGAUCUGACAUUUUAUACACGGCUUGGAGGGUCUGAGAGGAAGCCGAUGACAAAAAUGAUGAGAUGCAAAUGUGUAACUGUACAAAACAAAACGCAAGCGGAUGUCAGGGAAUGACUCGAACUAGCCUUCAUACUGCAAACCAACAUACAGCUCAAAGUAACAAUGUGUAUCUAUUCUGUUUAUGGAGUUAUUUUUGUUUCAUGAAACUUCUACGCGACCAUUGAUUGGUUCAUAAAAUGUUAUAUUUCUGUGGAAUUCACUAUAACAGAUAUUUAGCAAUGUAACUGAUAGUGAUUAUAAUGAUCAUCUUGAACUUCUCUAGAGAAAAGUUGCUGAGAUUCACUUUUAGAGACGUGACGUUAUGACUGUUUUUCUUUUAACCUUUCUGUUUAAAUGUAUUCUAAUAAAAGCUGGUGGUGAGUGUUGAAAAUAAAAUGGUGCAGACCACAUUGGCCAAUAUUUAGAGCAGGAAUAUCAAAGUUACUGAGACAAAUGUGGAGAGGACGAUGGUCACUGUCAUCGGUUAACAUACUGUCUAAAAGCUCUCACUCAUUACAAGUGAUGUAAAGAUACUAACAAAGUAAUCUACAUUGUUUUUGCAUGCAAUAAACUCAAUGUCCAGGCACAAGUGAGGUAAUGACGCAUACAAAUAAUGCAUGUAAACAAACAGCCCUGACAUGCAUUGUAAUAUCCUUAUUUUGUGAUACAGUGAUACAUGAUGCCUAAUUAAAUGCAAUGAAAUGUGGUUUUG